AUGCCUGAGUUGGAUGUGGGCAUUGGCCAAAGAAUCGAGUUCAGGUACACUGAUCUGAAAAAAAUCAAGCAGCAAGGACUCAAGACAUCUGACUUGGACAAGCUUGACAUCAAGAACCCUCUUCAACGCAGGUUCCUGAUGGAUGUGGGCAGAUCUCCUUUCCGCACGGCGCUGAAGGUGUCUAUCGUCGGCCAUCGAUCGUUCGGGGAUAUUGUGAUGUUCAAGGUGGUGGCAGAGUGGCGGGCGUGGUACUCGAAGACAGAGAAACUGUACACCGACUUCAAUAAGCUACACAACAAGCUGCGGUGA